AUGGCAGCAAUCCCCCCAGACUCCUGGCAGCCACCCAACGUAUACUUAGAGAUCAGCAUGGGGAUCACUGUGCUGGAGCUGUACUGGAAGCAUGUUCCAAAGACCUGUAAGAACUUUGCUGAGUUGGCUCAACAAGGUUAUUACAAUGGCACCAACUUCCACAGAAUCAUCAAAGACUUCAUGAUCCAGGGGGGUAACCCAAUAGGGACAGGUCAAAGUGGUGCAUUUACCUAUGGCAAACAAUUUGAAGAUGAACUUCAUCCAGACUUGAAAUUCACAAGACCUGGAAUUCCUGCAAUGGCCAAUGCAAGGCCAUUCACCAAUGGCAGCCAGUUCUUUGUGACCCUAGCUCCCACUCAGUGGCUUAAUGGCAAACACACAAUUUUUGGCCAGGGUAUAGGAAUGGUGAAUCGAGUAGGAAUGGUGGAAACAAAUUCCCAGGACUGCCCUAUGGAUGAUGUGAAGAUCAUCAAGGCAUACCCUUCUGGAUAG